AAAUUAGCUUAGAACCAAGUUCCCCCACGAAGCACCUCGUCGUCGUCCUGAGGAGCUUGAACCAGAAAAUAAGCCAUGAACAGUGAAGCACCGAUGGAGAUCGAUGAUUCAGGCGAUGUUCUCGAUCUCACUAGCUGCCAGCUCCACAGUCUCGACGGAGUCGAAUUACCGCCGACGCUAACCGAGCUCGACCUUACGGCGAACCGCCUAUCGGAAUUGGACUCGAGGAUCGCUCACCUCUCUGCGCUCAAGAAGCUUUCUCUUCGCCAAAACCUAAUCGAAGAUUCCGCCGUCGAGCCUCUCUCUCGCUGGGACGCCUUGUCCGAUCUCGAGGAGCUGAUUCUCAGAGAUAACAAGCUAGCAAAAGUACCAGAUAUAAGCAUAUUCUCAAAGCUUUUGGUGUUUGAUGUAUCGUUCAACGAAAUCACUUCGUUGGAAGGAUUAUCAAAGGCCUCUAGCACAUUGAAGGAACUCUAUGUGUCUAAGAAUGAGGUCAACAAGAUUAUGGAGAUUGAACAUUUGCAUGACUUGCAGAUUCUUGAGCUGGGGUCUAAUAGAUUGCGGGUAAUGGAGAAUAUGGAGAAUUUGACAAAGUUAGAGGAACUGUGGCUUGGAAGAAACCGUAUCAAAGUUGUGAACUUGUGUGGGCUCAAUUGUAUUAGAAAGAUUAGCUUGCAGAGCAAUCGGUUGACCUCUAUGAAAGGAUUUGAGGACUGUGUUGCUCUUGAAGAGUUAUAUUUGAGCCAUAAUGGUAUCUCAAAAAUGGAAGGGUUGAGUGCAUUGGUUAACCUGCGGGUAUUGGACGUGUCGAACAACAAGCUCACAUCAGUUGAUGACAUUCAGAGCCUCACAAAGCUGGAAGAUUUAUGGCUUAAUGACAACCAGAUAGAAUCACUUGAAGCAAUCACAGAAGCUGUUGCAGGCUCUAAAGAUAAGCUUACCACUAUCUACCUCGAAAAUAACCCUUGUGCCAAGUCUUCUGUUUACGUUGCUGUGCUCAGACAAAUCUUCCCAAACGUGGAGCAAAUAGACUCUAACUUAUUUGCUUAAGAAGUUGGAUAUUCGUCUUGUGCUCGUUUUUAGAGAGCCUGCUUCCUCAUGGUUUAGACUUCAGAGCAUGGGCAUUGAAACAUACAUGUCUCUCCUGUUGAUCAUAAAGAAGUGAAAACGAACAAAUGAAACCGUUCAAGUUGAGCGAUAUUUUAUCAAAACGGUUAUAGUGUUCGCUUGCAAGCAAAAUCAAUACUUGUGUUUUGGUCUGUAAGCGGUAGUAUCUAGACCUUGUUUGUAAAAGGGAACCCCCGGUUGUCUUUGUCAUUCUUCUCUCUUUUUUUUUUUGUUGUUGUUUCGUGUGAUUGUUUAAAGGCACUUUGUAUGUACUUCCAUUCCUACUUACUAGUGUGAAGUUGAUGAAGAGAACAAA